AUGGAGACUGUGAACCUUGAAGGCUCGAAACCAGUUGACCCCGAUGACCUUUUCAUCGCAGUCAUGGACACGCCCGGCUUCAACGAUAGUCGGCGACCCGAUGGAGAAACGUUGCAGGAACUGGCAUACUGGUUAGCAGCCGCUUACGAAAGAAAGAUCAAACUCAGCGGAAUCGUUUACCUCCAUCGCAUCACAGACAAUCGCUUCCAAGGCUCUGCGGUGCGUGCGCUGAGUGCCUUCAAGAGCAUGUGCGGAGAAGAAGCAUUCUGUGGAGUAGUCGUGGCAACUACCAUGUGGGAUAGAGCUACCAAAGACGAGCUCGUUAAAGCCGAACUGCGACACGAAGAACUCCGCGAGAAGAUCCAGGAUGUUAUACAGCACGGUGGUAAUCUACGAGAGUUGGUGGAUGAGAAUCGGCUCAUCCAUGAGACAAGGGCCGGUCAAGUCUUGUUUGAGGAUUUGACAGAUGCAUUCAAGACACUACAAGCCAAAGUAGACGAUGCGCGCUGCAGAUUAGCGAAGAUGGCUCGUUGUUCCCGAAGAGACGAGUUGCACGAGCUCGAGGAUGCGAUUACCGAGAUGGCCGGAGAUAUGCGGUCCGUGGACGAAGACAUUGAGCGUACAAAAGUGGACCUCAGCGACAUCCGUUCGGUGUGGGAUAGGAAUCUUGCACGAGACGAUGGAACUAUUAUGGCGAGCGCGCAACGUAUCGAGCGGCAGUUGGAGCACGAGCGCAUCCAACAAGAAGUUAGAAGUGUUGCCCAAACAGCUUCCACCGACGGCGGCUACGAAACCUCAAGUGUAGGAUUAUCUUCGGCAAAUACACUGCAAACCUCGCAAACCUACAUGUCGCUCAGGUUAGAAGAGCUGGAGAAAGAACGAGACGCGCUUACGUAUCAAAUGGGCCAAAGACUGAAUAGACGAUACACGGCGGCGCAUGGACGAGGGGCGACGAGAAUAGGAGCCAUAGGCGCUGGUCUAGCUGUAGCCCAGCUCGUCGUAGCAAUGGCGUGCACGGUAAUGUGA